GAUCACUGAGUGAAGCAUGCUUAAACAAAACAAACGCCGCCACAGCAAAAGACACCCGCGCGGCCUGCAGCACAGGGCUACCACUCCACUAUACACUACACACUCUAGUCACUAGUGGUUUGUGACGCGCCACCCACCAUGCCUUAGCACGCCAGCCCACAUGCUCUUAGCGGCCUGAGAAAGAGCUAUCACGAAGAUGGCAGAGCGUGGCGAGAAGAGUUCGUCCUCCAAAAAGACUGGACUGGUCUCCUUCCUCACAGGCAAACCCAUCGAGAUCCCUGAGAAACACCUGUUUGGAAAAUGCAGAUUUGUUGGAGAAUUUGAAAAACUCAAUCGCAUUGGAGAAGGAACCUAUGGUGUUGUCUAUCGAGCUCGGGACACAAAGUCCAGUGAUAUUGUGGCCCUCAAGAAGAUGCGGAUGGAGAAGGAGAAGGAUGGGAUGCCAAUAUCUGGAUUGCGGGAAAUCAUGCUGCUUCAGGCAUGCAAUCACCCCAACAUUGUGUGUCUGAAGGAGGUGGUGGUUGGCCGCAGUCUUGAAAGCAUCUUCCUGGUGAUGGAGUAUUGUGAGCAGGACUUGGCCAGCCUCCUUGACAACAUGCAGAAGCCAUUCCUUGAGACACAUGUGAAGUGCAUCAUGAUGCAGGUCUUCAAGGGACUUGCUUACCUACACAAGAAGGAAAUUGUGCACCGAGAUGUCAAAGUAUCAAACCUCCUCCUCACCAACAUGGGAACCAUCAAGAUUGCGGACUUUGGCUUGGCACGAGAGUUGGGCCACCCAAUGUCUCCUAUGACGCCCCAGGUGGUGACUCUGUGGUACCGCGCCCCAGAGCUGCUCUUCCAGACCAAGACACAGACCUCAGGAGUGGACAUGUGGGCUGCUGGCUGCAUCCUUGGUGAGCUACUCCUCCACAAGCCACUCCUGCCCGGCAAGUCUGAGAUUGACCAGAUCAACCUCAUCAUUGACCUCCUGGGUACUCCCAAUGACAACAUCUGGCCAGAGUUCUCACAGCUGCCAGCCAUUGAGAAUUUCACCCUCAAGUCUCAGCCGUAUAACAACCUCAAGACUCGCUUCCCCGGCCUCUCCCCCUCCGGCCAGCGUCUCCUCAACUUCCUCUUCAUGUACGACCCCAAGCGCCGUGCUACCGCCUCUGAGUGCCUUGAGAGCUCAUACUUCAAGGAACAUCCCCUGCCCUGUGACCCGAGGAUGAUGCCAACCUUCCCUCAGCACCGCAACCUCAAGCAGUCCCAGGGGCAGCCACAGGGUACAAUAGCAGCUGGCGUUUCAGCUCCUGGACUGACCCAAAUGUUCUCCGGGGCAGCAGCAAACCUCUACCCUCAGGACCGUGUGUUGGCAGACCCAAUAGCUUCCUCUUCCAAGAUGGGCAUCAAUGAGAUGUUUGGUUCUCUUGCGCGGAGAUAGCAUGCUUUUUGGAAUUGUAACCAUCCUCCUGUCUCUCUUUCUCUCUUCCUCUUUCCUCUUUUCACAUUGUGUCUGUUUUUCUAGAGGGAAGUAAUUAUCACCUCUCUUUUCUUUCUUCUUGCUCUUUCUUCUUUUCCUUGGACCCUAUUUGUUUGAUUCACUAGAAAAGGAAGUUUUUGUAAUUAUAAUUUCUUCUCUCUCUUUACCUCCUGUUUUUCCUGCUUUCUCUUUCUCCAUAAAAAUCCCUGGAGAUGCUUAUCAUCCCAUAUUUAUUUCCUUUUUCUCUUUGUUUUCCAUAGUAAUUCACAUUUCUCUAUUCUCAUUCCUUCUUCCUUUAGUCAUUCUUGGAGUUCCAGUUUAUCCUACUCUUUUCAUCUUUUACUGUUGUUCACUUUUCUUGGUGUUAUUUCCUUGUUUUCUUCUUGUCAAGUCCUUAGUUAUAUUUUUGUCACUUCCUUGUCUUCAACUUGGCAUCCCUUCCUUCCUUGAUCCUUUCCUUAAGACUUUUAUUUUUGUAACUAGUAUAGUCUGUUUCACUUCCUUUGUAGUUUCCCUACCCUAUAACACUCCAGCUCUCCUUUCCUUUCCUCUGCAACUACAGUUUUCCUUUCCUUAAACUCUACAGCUCUCUUUCUCCACUUUUUUUUUUUCUUUUAUUGUAGCUUCCCUUCUUCCUUCCUUUGACAGUGUCUUUUCCUCUCAAUUCUCCAGCUCCCUUUUCCUUUCCUUUUUGCCACUAUAAUUUCCUUCCCAUAAAACCUCUACAGCUCUUUCUCCCUCUUUUUUAUUGUAGCUUCCCUUCUUCCUUUGACAGUGUGUCUCUUCCUCUAAACACUCCAGCUCUCUUUCCCUUUCAACUCACUGAAAGAAGAUAUUCAGAUAUAUGCACACUAGUGGUUGUGGACAUUAUAAAAAGUGCUGGAGCUCAGUGGGAAUUACAAAGACUUGCCAUGGUAAUGUGUGUGAAGUCACCAUAUGAAGCACUACAAUGUUUCACUGCUGCAACUGUGUCUUCAUCUUGGUAUCGAGUGUGACUUUGUGAUUUAUAUUUUAGGUAUGUGAAUAAAGUACUAGUUGGUAUGUAUCAUUCUCUAUAGACACUGAGAUAUGAGAAUAAAAAGAAGAAAAAAGAAUUGAGUGUUUUGUCUUAUACCUAUGCCAAAAAAGAAAAAAGAAUGAUUAGACUAUGAGAAAGCAUUAUAUCUAAGGGAAAAUAUAAAUAUCUCUCAUAUCUUAAAA